CGCCUAUGCAACUGCGUCAGGAGCAGGAAAGGGCCGGGGUCUUCCUUCUCCUUCCCUUUUUCAGCAGCCCAAUAGGAGGAAGGAAGGGCAGCUGCUGAAACCUAGCUCUAUGGCUGAAGCCCGGGGGGACUGCAGCUGUCCCUGCAGGAACGGCUGGGAGAACGCCAAGGACAAUGUGCAUCCCAGGAAUCUGAUCCCAGAGCUUUGUCGGCAGUUUUAUCACUUAGGAUGGGUUACAGGUACCGGUGGUGGUAUCAGCAUAAAGCAUGGCGAUGAGAUAUAUAUUGCUCCCUCUGGUGUCCAAAAAGAAAGAAUCCAGCCUGAGGAUAUGUUUGUAUGUGACAUGGAAGAACGAGACAUCAGUGGGCCUCCAUCACACAAGAAGCUAAAGAAGAGCCAGUGCACACCACUCUUUAUGAAUGCUUAUACCAUGAGAGGAGCAGGAGCAGUUAUCCAUACUCACUCCAAAGCUGCUGUAAUGGCAACACUUCUCUAUCCAGGAAGUGAGUUUAAAAUUACUCAUCAGGAGAUGAUAAAAGGAAUCCAAAAAUGUACCACAGGAGGAUAUUUCAGGUAUGAUGAUACUUUGGUGGUUCCCAUUGUUGAGAACACACCUGAAGAAAAGGAUCUGAAGGAGAGAAUGGCCAAGGCAAUGAAUGAGUAUCCAGACUCCUGCGCUGUCCUGGUUAGGCGCCAUGGAGUGUAUGUUUGGGGCGGAACUUGGGAAAAAGCUAAAACCAUGUGUGAGUGUUUUGAUUACCUCUUUGAUGUUGCAGUACAAAUGAAACAACAUGGACUCGAUCCUGCUGUAGUUCCUACUAAAGAAAAUGGUAUUGUUUAAUGUUCCUCUGGAAGACACCACUCUACUGAAAACCUUGUCCAGACAUCUCUAUUCCAUAUUUUCCACUGAUUAGGAAAGUGUGUCCAGUUGAACAUGGUUGAUACUGAUGAAAUAUCAAGAGGAUCAGUAUUUUAUUCAGUCAUGCAAACAAGAGCAUAAUCAAGAAUGUCAGUCACAAGAAUCUAUUUAUUCAUUUGAAUAAAGUGCAAAGUCUGCCUUUGUAAAAUCUCACUAUGCAGGUUGCCUUCGGGUGUUUUGUGUGUUUUAUUACAUUUGAUAUAUUUUGGCAGGAGAGAGUAGAUACUGCUAUAUAGCAAUUUGCUUUCUCAACAGCACUUUGAUCUCUUUCUGAUAAUGAUUUUUUAAAAAAUAAAUCAUUCCAUUGGCAUCUCUUCUGAAACUGUUCAACUCUGUUAUUAUCAGUGAACUCCACCAACCUCUCUGUUUGUGUGAAUUGGUUCCACUUAACCAGUACACAGUUUGUGAAUGAAGAUACACAUGAAUAUUUCAUUGAACCAAACUAUUGAUAACAAUGUUGGUAUUUCUUUUUAAGGAAUUAUUUUUUAUUCCUUGCACACUAAAAUUAUGUACAUGAGAAAACUUUGACAAAUUCCCUCUCCCCCAAUAUUUUAAUGAACAGAAGAAAACACAAAGGAAAAACAAUAUUUAUACAUACAUAAACACAUACUUAAACAGCAGUUACAUAUCAAACUACCCGUCUCUACAGUAAUUCAAUACAAGUCUAAAUUACAAACAUAAACAUACAUUGAUAUGAAAAGUAGAUUUCUUGCUUCCCGUUUUUAAUUUCUCUAGUUUUCUUUCACCUUAUAUUACCUCAUAUAACAAGUUAUAUAACUUUUUUUUUUACUUCUGCUUAUUUUAACAUUUAUAGAUAAGUAUCUCAACAGUUUGUAUUUCUAAACCUGUACAUAAAGUAUUCCCCUUUCCCACAGGUAUAUAUUGAUAAAAUGAUUUCUUUUUUUUUUCUAAAAAUGUGUCCAAUAACUUAUCUUUCAACAAAAUCGUUAACUUGUCCAUUUCUAUUAGUCCCCACAUCUUCUCUACCGAAUCUUCUACUGUUGGUACCUCUGUCUUUUUCCACUGUUGAGCAUGUAGGAUUCUUGAAGCUGUUAACAAGGCCUGCAGUAUCCUUUCAUGUUCCUUUUUCAUUUGAUUACCCAACAGUCCUAAUAAAGUUCUGUCUUGAAGUUCA